AUGCCGCUAACUAUCCUCGAAGACAUGACGAGCCUCCAGCGCAGGUCAGCUGGUGAAGAAUUCGAUUUAAGCACCAAUCCACCCGGUGUCAAUCCAUUCGACUACAUCAUCAACAUUAUCACUCCGCGGUACUUUAUACCGCUCUCCAAAACCGCCACGACCUUUCUGAUAGUGUGUUUUAUCUUCCAUUUAUUUAUUGCUAUAUUCUGUUUCGUCCUCUUGCUACUGCCCUACCUUCGUGGUAUCAAGCAAUUACGAUGGCUUUUCAGGAGGCUAUACAUCAAAGACAACAUGGGAGCAAAUGUUCAUAAGGCUCCUUUGUUUUGGGUCAAUGCCGGGAUCCUGAUGACCACGUCCCAGCUGAUGGGCUCUCUUGGUGCUCAAGCCUUCAUCUUGAUACAAAUCAAGAGCGCACAUUCGGCUAGCUACGCCGUACAUUCGCAACUGGAACCUCCUUUAGGAGUAAUGUUCCUGGGUGAGAUGCUUACUUACUGGGGUCUAAUGCACUGCUUCUUGGUCGCAAUCUACUAUGACAACGAGACUCAAGGAGACACAACGAAAGGCUUGAGGAGAUGGACACCAUCGCCGACCACGAUCAAUUUAAUAUUUCUUGGCUUCCCCAUAUGCCUCGUUGCCACAGUCAUUGGCCUUUUUACGUGGCUGUGCUCUGCCCAUAAGCUGUUUUCAAUUGGAGCCGGCAAGAUACUGGAUUAUUUGAAGCAGGGCUCUUCUACUUGGGAUCAACUGAGAGUUCCAUCGACGUCUAUCGAACAAAAAAUCCAGCUUACAACUCAGCUACUCCAAGUCACAACGAAAACAAAAAAGCUCGAAGAUGAAGUCAAUAUUCAUCUCGAUCGCCUUGUACAUUGUUUCCAAAUCCUCCAAAGCGUUUUACUGGUACUCCUCUGCAUAACGUACCUGAUUUUCAUCACCAUGUUUUGGCUGUUGAUUCAUCAAUACCAAAAAAGGGUGCACUGUGCAGGCAGCCAAUCAUACAAGGCGAGUGUCUUCCAGCGCUGGCUCAGGCCAAAGAUAUCCCCCGAAGCCGGUAUGGAGCAAACUGUUAGCACCAGCUUAAGCUUGUAUGAUAUCGCAAAGAGACGCCAAUUUUUUCAUCUGCUCUUGCGAUCUUUAGGAAUGAUCGUCGCAAUGAUGACUAUGAUGGUUCUCUUCCUUUUGGGCAUUAUACGUACCACCGAUGUUAUCAGAGUACCAUAUUGGCGAGGGUUGGCGGCGUGGCUUGCGACUGCUUCUGGCACUUGGUCUGCUUUCCCAAUCACUUGGCAAUGCUGGAGGUUAUACAAGGAGGAAUUGAAUGGAGCGUCACCAGUUUCACUGUCAGAAAACUCGACCGGUGCUUCUUCCAAAAUGGACUCGACUAAUCGGCAUAUAAUUCCUUCCCGGCCAUGGGAGUCGGCAGAAUCAGUAGAAAUCGAAAUUAAAACAUUUCCGCCAGAAACAAGCACCUUGUCUUCCAGUAAAUAG